AAACUAUACCGGGGAUGCUGGGAUUUGAACCAGCGACCUAUAGAUUUGCAGCGCAACUCCCCAACUCGCUGAACUACUCGACACCCAGCCACCGUUUUGAAAUAAGCUUUGGGCACAUGAUUUAUGUAAAAAAAUACUCUAAAACAGGUUUGAAUUUUACCAAUCAUUAUUGAUGGACAAAUAUAUUUGUAAUUAUAUAUGGCGAUGUAACUUCAAAUAACAUUAACGUACGCAAAAUCCUUUUACACCAAACUGCAGCGAGGUGCCACAGCGGCAUCAGCCGGACAUAAACAGCCAAACAUGGCAGCCUACGAGAGCACUUUCCUGUAUAUGCUGCGAAGAGGGGCUGUUUACUUCAAGAAGGAUAACGGCCAUCGUAGGAGCCUUUCAUUUCUUAGAGUAACGCAGAGUCGAGGCUCCGAGAGGAAUGCAGGCUUCACACAGUGUGCCAGCCCUUCGUUCGCUGGCAGAUCGUACAAAGAGCUGCAUGAACUGUCACUGGGGGACCCGGAGAGGUUCUGGGGCACUUUAGCCAAGGAAAGGCUAUCCUGGAGCAGACCAUUCGACCGGGUUAAGGACUGCGACACCAGCCGAGGGAAAAUCAGCUGGUUCCUCGGAGGACAGCUGAACGUUUCCGAAAACUGUCUGGACGUACACGUGGCCCAGCAUCCGGACAGGAUCGCCCUUUUGUGGGAGAGGGAUGAACCGGGCACUGAAGUUAAGGUCACCUACAGGGAGCUCCUGGAGACGACCUGCCGCCUUGCCAACACACUAAAGAGACAUGGAAUCCAGAAAGGGGACCGGGUGGCCAUCUAUAUGCCCGUGUCCCCCACAGCUGUGGCGGCCAUGCUGGCGUGCGCCCGGAUUGGCGCCGUGCACACCGUGGUGUUCGCUGGCUUCAGCGCUGAGGCUCUGGCGGGCCGGAUCCAGGACGCCCAGUGCAAGGCUGUGAUCACCUGUAACCAAGGGGUGCGAGGAGGCCGUACAUUCGACCUGAAGGGCACCGUGGACAAGGCUGUGAAGAGCUGCCCCUCCGUGCGCCGUGUGUUCGUGUCUCGGCGGACAGACAAAGCGGUAGCCAUGGGCGAGUUGGACGUCUUCCUGGAAGAGGAAAUGGCAAAGGAGUCUGGGACGUGCAGCGCGGAGCCCAUGGCCAGCGAGGACAUGCUCUUCAUGCUGUACACGUCGGGCAGCACAGGCAAGCCCAAGGGCAUCGUGCACACGCAAGCUGGCUACCUGCUGUUUGCCGCACUCACGCAGCAGUAUGUCUUUGACUACCGCCCCGGGGACGUGUUUGGCUGUGUGGCGGACAUCGGCUGGGUGACGGGCCACAGCUACGUGGUGUACGGGCCUUUGUGCAAUGGUGCUACAACGGUACUCUUUGAAAGCACACCGGUGUACCCAGAUCCGGGGCGUUACUGGGAGACCGUGCAGCGCCUCAGAAUUAAUCAGUUCUAUGGCGCUCCCACUGCUAUCCGCCUGCUGCUGAAGUACGACGAGAGCUGGGUGAAGAAGUAUGACCGGUCCUCCCUAAGGACGCUGGGCUCAGUGGGAGAGCCCAUUAACCAUGAGGCCUGGACUUGGUUCUAUAAUGUGGUGGGAGAUGGAAAGUGCCCCCUGGUAGACACAUGGUGGCAGACAGAGACGGGAGGUAUUUGCAUCGCCCCGCGCCCGGCGCAGGAUGGCGCAGAGAUCCUCCCCUCCAUGGCCAUGAGGCCUUUCUUCGGCGUCCAUUUGGCGCUGAUGGAUGAGAAGGGAAAACCAAUAACAGGGAACGACGUCAGCGGUGCUCUCUGCAUCAGCCAACCCUGGCCAGGAAUGGCCCGGACCAUCUACGGAGACCACCAAAGAUUUGUGGAGGCUUACUUUAAACCCUACCCUGGUCAUUAUUUCACCGGAGACGGGGCUUACCGCACCCAGCAAGGCUACUACCAGAUCACAGGCCGCAUGGAUGAUGUCAUCAACGUCAGCGGGCACAGGCUGGGCACCGCGGAGAUCGAGGACGCCCUGGAUGAGCACCCGAAUGUCCCUGAGACGGCAGUGAUCGGCAUUUCACAUGAUGUCAAAGGAGAAGUCCCAUUUGCAUUUGUGGUCCUGAAAGACGCCACUUCCCUCGACCAGACCAAAGUCAUAGAGGAGCUGAGAGCCCUAGUGGCAUCCAAAAUAGCCAAGUAUGCCGUCCCUGACCACUUCCUGGUUGUGAGGCGGCUCCCGAAGACCCGAUCGGGGAAAAUCAUGAGACGGAUCCUGAGGAAGAUAGCCACGGGGCAGGCUGACAACCUCGGGGACAUUUCCACCCUGGAGGACCCCAGCGUUGUGGCAGAGAUUGUCCAGGCCUAUAAGAGCAGCCAGGGCACUUCGCCUGAUGAGCGCUAGCCUCCUGCUGCCUCUGAACUGUUUACAUUCAAGUUAUCCAUUCUUUAUCGAUUUUCCAGCAUUUCCAAUAACGGACGAGACCCGGUUGUUUCCAGGUGGCGUUUGACGACGGCAUCCAGGCAAAUGACGGUCAUGCGCCACAGAGAAGCCUGUGUCCCAGCUGUGUGGUCAUGUUUCCAUGGACACUAAGUCUGUGCUGUCUAUCCUGUUGCUCUUCAUUGUCGUCCAAGUGCUACAACUGACUAUUUAGACAGAAUUUGUAUCAUAUUGCCCCAAAAAGGGAGAUGAUCUGCAAGAAAGGCUCCACCCAGAGCAGAUGUGCCCUCCUCCUCAGAUUCAGCUCAUACUUCAGCCUGCCUCGUGUCACAGAGGCAGGAAACCAAGCAGGACCCACUAUGAAAGAGACGGCAUAAGCACCACCAUGACUGAUAUAGACACUAAGGCUGUUGUAGCUUCUAGUGAUUUUUUUUAAAACAAGUUUCUUAAAAAAUUGUGAAUAUUAAUAAACCCAAUGUGACGUGCCUUCAAUUUUAAAGCCAGUCAGGUAAUAACCGAACUACAUUUGCCUCACAGCAGGACUGUCUGUACGGUGUAUUUAUGUGAUACGCGAGAUCUGCACCUUGCAUUCGCCUGUUACCUGCUGCUGACAACUAACAACAAAAAGUUUUAAUCUGCCUACAGUAGAUAUAUUUUGAAUCAAUAAAGAAAACCAUUAUAUUAAAAAA